UUAUCGAAAAAUGGCUAUAAAGUCGGUUUGUUGUAACAAAACAUAUUUGGCUUUCUUGUCCUCUCUACUUUGAGAUCAGAUAAAAAACUUGUUAAAAAAAAUGGCAUCUUUUGGUGAGGCACCACCAGGAAAUGAAAAGGCAGGAGAGAAGAUCUUCAAGACUAAAUGUGCUCAAUGUCAUACUGUUGAAAAAGGUGCCGGUCAUAAACAAGGACCCAAUUUGAAUGGACUUUUUGGAAGGCAGUCUGGAACAACUGCUGGUUACUCCUACUCUGCUGCCAAUAAAAACAUGGCUGUCACUUGGGGAGAAAACACUUUGUAUGACUAUUUGCUCAACCCCAAGAAGUACAUACCUGGAACAAAGAUGGUUUUUCCUGGAUUGAAGAAGCCACAGGAGCGUGCAGACCUCAUUGCCUACCUGACAUCUGCUACUGUCUGAGGAAAAUGACACUUGUUUUUUUAUUUUAUAGUUUAAUAGGCAUGUUUUACCAUGUGGUGAAAGAUAAAUUAAUUGAUUUUUUUCUUAAAAAGAAAUAUUAAUAAAUAUAC